CGAGUAAUAAAGGAGGGGUGGGUGACAUCACGGCGGCCAUUACAGAGAACAGAGAAGGUUGAGAAGUGACAAGCCGACUAUUCAGGGAGAAGAAAAUUCCUGGCCAUCGAGAAGAGUUGUAAUUGACUUUUUAUCUCUGCCUGUGUGCCGGAUUACACUCCUCAUCAGCAAGGAUAUUUUAUGUCCGGCUUGAUCAACUCGUUAUUGUUUUCCGGCGGCUCGAUUUGCCGGUUCGAUUAGGCUGCCCUCAUCACAGCGAGUACGUGCGCCACAUCUAGGCCACUGCUCUUCUCGUGGCUUGCCUUUUAGGCCCCGGUGCUAGCCGCCUGUCUCCACAAAGUCUCAGCAUGGACGAAAAGGGCUUCACCAAGGAGCUGGAUCAAUGGAUCGAGCAGCUCAAUGAGUGCAAACAGUUGACCGAGAGUCAGGUCAAGACCCUGUGUGAGAAGGCAAAAGAAAUUUUGACCAAAGAAUCCAACGUCCAAGAAGUAAGAUGCCCGGUCACAGUAUGUGGAGAUGUCCAUGGACAAUUUCACGACCUUAUGGAAUUGUUCAGAAUUGGAGGCAAAUCACCAGACACAAAUUAUUUAUUCAUGGGGGAUUAUGUUGAUCGAGGUUAUUACUCAGUGGAAACUGUAACACUACUGGUUGCAUUGAAGGUUCGCUACCGUGAACGUAUUACAAUUCUAAGGGGGAAUCAUGAAAGUAGGCAAAUUACACAAGUAUAUGGUUUCUAUGAUGAAUGUUUAAGGAAAUAUGGAAAUGCAAAUGUUUGGAAAUACUUUACAGACCUGUUUGAUUACCUUCCGUUAACAGCCUUAGUGGAUGGUCAGAUCUUUUGUUUACAUGGAGGAUUGUCCCCCUCAAUCGAUACACUGGAUCAUAUUCGGGCACUUGACCGUCUGCAGGAAGUUCCGCAUGAGGGGCCUAUGUGUGACCUGCUGUGGUCUGACCCAGAUGACCGUGGUGGUUGGGGUAUUUCUCCAAGAGGGGCUGGCUACACAUUUGGACAGGAUAUUUCUGAAACAUUUAACCAUGCCAAUGGCCUGACUCUGGUUUCUAGAGCCCAUCAGUUGGUGAUGGAGGGGUACAACUGGUGCCAUGACCGGAAUGUAGUAACUAUCUUUAGCGCUCCAAAUUAUUGUUACCGCUGUGGGAAUCAAGCCGCAAUAAUGGAACUUGAUGAUACUCUUAAAUACUCCUUCUUGCAGUUUGAUCCAGCACCACGCAGAGGAGAACCACAUGUUACCCGUCGCACCCCAGAUUAUUUUCUCUAAAGAGGCUUUCACACUUGUACAGUAUUGCCAGAAGCAGGAUAUUGACCUCCGGAGCCGAGAAGAGAAUCUGAAAUUUCAGUCAGAGGGCAUUUGUCAAACAUGUACUGUUCUCAGAUGGACCUAGAGAUGUGCCAUAUACUAAAGCAAAGCCUCUUGUCUCAGCAGCCCCUAACCAUAUUAGAAAAGACCGUUCAUUGCAUGCUGAAAUGACCUUGUCAAAAUGAGAAAAUCCCAGUUUCCUGGCAUAGUACUAGUAAUUUUUGCUUUCUCAGACUGCAAAAAAAUACAAAUUAAGAUGUAUACAUUAACAGCUUGUGCAUACAAUUUAACUUUCCAUUUAGUAAUUAGCUUUACUUGGCAUGAUUGUAGAUAAGGGUAGAAACUGUCUGGGAAAGCCUUUAUCAUGAUUGGAGGCCUGCAGCCUCUACAGUUGAUGUAAAGGUAACAAGUACUAAGGCCUACAUUGCCCCUUUUUGUGACUACAGAAAUGUUUAUUUUCAGGGAAUACAAUCUUAAUUUAAUUUCUCACACUUGCCCAGUUUGUUUUUCCUUCCAGUUUACGUUUUCAGUCCUUAUUAAUUGUUAGUUUUGGCCAGAACAUUUUCUGUAAAUGUUGCAAUCCAAAUGCAGCUGCAAUGGAUUUUUUCAUAAUAAACUUGUUGAACGAAGUA